UGAUGGUGGUGGUGGUGGUGGUGGUGGUGGUGGUGAAGCUGGUGGUGGUGGUGGACAAACAGAUCUUACAGAAGCGGACGGACUCGAGUCGACGACGCGGGCUCAUUACGACUCUGACGGCCGUCGAGUCAGACUCAGACAUGGGCUGGACAAACCUGCUAUAUACACCAACGAUAACGGCACCGGCAUGAUUGUCAUCGCCGUAACCAGCCACGAAAGGCCUGAAGUGCAACAGAAGGCCGAGCGAGCGAUCGAACGAGCGAACGAACAAGGCGGCGGCGGCCGUGAUGGGCUGGCUAUUGAUGUGCAGUCAGGCUCAGUGCCCACUGGAGCUGAGUAUGAUACUAUCAUACAGUGCCCUCCACUUCCUCCGGCGAUCUUGUCCUCUUCUCGGAAUGAACGAUGAACGGGCUAAUCGACCGAUCAAAAAGACGGGACAGGUUACCACCUACUCUGCGCAUCCGCUCUGUCCGUUCGAUCGCCUUCGGUCUCCAUUCUCACCAACACAUAGGGACCCGGCACACCAGCAUCAUCUUGCUCGGCCUCCUCGGCACAGGAUCCAUUCCACUCCACUCGCCUUCUGCAGCCAGGCGGAGAAAAGGAAAAAAGACCGGCCACUUGAUUUCGACGAUCAACGAGUGGUCCUCGGGAUCCAAUCCCUCCUCCCCGUCCAGCUCGCCUCGUCCUCAGCCAGCCACAUAUAUACGGACCCCCGACGGGUGCGCGGCUCGCAGCUCGCAGCCAGGCCUUCCCGGCAGUUCUGCCUACACAAGUACUUGGGUGUAGGUACUACAUGGAACACGCUUCACACGGUGGAUGCUGGAUGGCUGGAUGGCAGGAUGACUGGAUGGACAUGGUGGGGAAGGAAGAAGGAGGAGGAGAAGGGAGGAAGGGAGGGCAGAAGGGUACCUUGGUGCCUACUCUACUCUAGAGGCACGGGGUGGUAAACUAUCAGUGUGAGACUCUAGAGCAAGGGUGGCUCUCCUCCGUAGUUCGGAACGAUCCCGUUCUCGGUUCCCUGUCCAGCAUCAAGGAGAGUUAGGCGUCCGUCCGCCCAAGCAACCAGCCGCAACGGACGAGCGAACGGAAGGAAGGAAGCACGAUGGAAGGAAGCAAAAGAAAAAUCGGUC